CGCUGUAUAUCCAUGUGUGCUGAGAUAAAAGAAUAGACUCGACAUGCAAGAUAAAAAUAAAUAUGGCUAAAUAAUAUACCGACAAUUAUAUUAAAAAAAAUAUUUUUUCUAUGACAAUUUGUUUCUCUAUAUAUAUAAAAAGGCCUUUUCCACGUCCCCAACAAGCCACUCCCUAUAUAACCAAGCAAAAUAGCAUCCUCGAUAAUUCCUAAACCAUAACAACUUCUUUAUCUCCUUCUUCUUCAACCUUUGCUUCAAUCUUCACCAACUUUUUUUUUUAUAAAGAUUUUUGCAAUCUUCAACAAACUUACCCACAGGCAAAAAAAAAAACAAGUGUCAAACGAAAAAAAACAAGCAUGGUGGUUUUGUCACAGCCAGUCCCUUUUGAUAACCACAUCUCUGUAAUCCCAACAUACAGACCGGUUCCGGUUCUCACUUCCCAAUCAAUCCCCGUCGUGGACCUAACCGACCCGGAAGCAAAGUCCCAAAUCGUAAAAGCCUGUGAGGAUUUUGGUUUCUUCAAGGUCGUAAACCAUGGAGUCCGACCCGAACUCAUGACCCGGUUAGAGCAGGGAGCUAUUGGCUUCUUCGCCUUGCCUGAGUCUCUUAAAAACCAAGCCGGUCCGCCAGAACCGUUCGGUUAUGGUAGUAAAAGGAUUGGACCAAACGGUGACGUGGGGUGGAUUGAGUAUAUCCUCCUAAAUGCUAAUACUCAGCUCUCUUCUCCCAAAACCUCCGCCGUUUUCCGUCAAACCCCUCAAAUUUUCCGAGAGGCAGUGGAGGAGUACAUGAAAGAGGUGAAGGAAGUGUCGUGCAAGUUGUUGGAGAUGAUGGCAGAAGAAUUAGGGAUCGAGCCAAGGGACAGUCUGAGUAAGAUGGUGAGAGAUGAGAAGAGUGACUCGUGCCUGAGGCUGAACCAUUAUCCUACGGCGGAGGAAGAGGCGGAGAAGAUGGUGAAAGUAGGGUUUGGGGAACACACAGACCCACAGAUAAUCUCACUGCUAAGGUCCAAUAACACGGCGGGUCUUCAAAUCUGUGUGAAAGAUGGAAGUUGGGUCGCUGUCCCUCCUGAUCACUCUUCUUUCUUCAUUAAUGUUGGAGAUGCUCUUCAGGUUAUGACAAACGGGAGGUUCAAGAGUGUAAAACACAGAGUCUUAGCUGAUACAAGGAGAUCGAGAGUCUCGAUGAUAUAUUUUGGAGGACCGCCACUAAGCGAGAAGAUAGCUCCAUUGCAAUGUCUUGUCCCUAAGAAAGAGGAUUGGCUUUACAAAGAAUUCACUUGGUCUCAAUACAAAUCUUCUGCUUACAAGUCUAAGCUUGGUGAUUACAGGCUUGGUCUCUUUGAGAAACAACCGCUUCUCACUCAUAGGUGUACUGUAUGAGACUAGUCCUGAUGAUCCUUAUCAUCCUUUGUAUGACAAAAAGAAGGAAAUGGAUAGUCUUUUGGAUUAGUUUUUAUUUUUGGUAUGUUUUUUUCGUUAGGCACAAAAGCAUUAGGCUUUGCUUAGAGUUUGACCCAACCAAACCUACCUUUUGUAUCCUCUCGUCUUCUUCUUCUUUUCUUUUUGCCUGAAUUUGUUCCUGUUUUGUUUGCCUUUCUUGGAAAUAACAAUUACUGUUUAUUUUUCU